AUGAACAUUCAGGGCCUAGCGCUGCACGGGCACAUGAAGCCCGUGACGAUGAUUAAGUUCAACCGCGAAGGGGACCUUCUUUUCUCGACCGCAAAGGAGCCUAACAUCAGCGUGUGGUACACCAAAACAGGGGAACGUCUCGGUGUGUUUAACGGUCAUAGCGCCAUUGCCGCGUGUGAUGUGAACAAUUACUCCACGCUGCUUGUGACUGGCGGUAUGGACUUCAAGGCCAAGUUGUGGUGCGUAGAGAGCGGGGAUGAAUUGGCGAACAUCAUGCUCAAGAGCCCUGCUCGUGCCGUUGGCUUUGCGCAUGACGACAGCAAGGUGAUGGUGAGCACCUCCAGGAAGAUGGGCGAGAAGUCGGCAAUUCAGCUGUACAACCUGCCCUUUGCCGUGCCGAAGGAGGACUACAUUGUGCAUCCCGUCAAGACAGCUUUUAAUCCCUGCGCUGAGUUUGUUUCGGAGGGCGACGAUAUCACGUUUGCGGUGUGGGGUCCAACGAACGACACAAUUUACUACUCCAUGUCCGACGGCUCCGUGGCAAUUCUCGACGUGGAGACAAUGCGCACCAUUCGCACGCAACAGCCACAUGAGGAAACUGUCAAUCGCAUCGGAUUUGACUGCAACUACUACACUCUCAUCACCGCCUCUAAGGACAAGACGGCCCGUCUGUUAGAUUCCCGCGACAUGUCGGUCAUCCAGACAUACAGGAGCGACGUGCCGGUGAACGAUGCGUCCAUCUCUCCAUGCGGCGACCAUGUCAUUCUGGGAGGUGGCAUGGAGGCGCAGGAUGUGACGACACAAGGUGGCCAGACCAGCUUUGAGGUGAAGUUCUACCACAAGGUGCAUGAAAAGCAGCUUGGUCAGGUGCGUUGCCACUUUGGUACCAUUAACGCCGUCUCUUUCUUUCCAGACGGUCGUGGGUUUGCUAGCGGUGCCUUUGAUGGCCUCGUGAAGCUCCACCGCUUUGAUGAAAAUUACGAAGCCGCGCCCGGGGCAAAGCCGGUUUGGUCGCCGGACUCGUCUUGA